AUGAGCGGCUCAAACACUGCAGCACUCCGCGUCUCCUCAUGCUUCACUAACCUCGUUUCUAAGACAUUCACCGUUGACAUGGCCAGUUCCUGGCAAAACUGGGAGCCACGACUAUCUUGGGACCGAAAUAGCAAUAGUUUCGAUACCGAGUCAACCCGACGGCAGCUUGGUGCAUUCUUAAUACCGGAUAGCCCGAAUCAUCGCGGUGUACUUGCACUUAAUCCCAGGUCAGAAUGGGAAGACUUUGACAUGGGAAUCAAUGCCAUCGAAAACGACUUCAACGAAUUUGAGAUUUAUUUCCACCUCAUAACUAUAUUCCUCAACCUCCUCCCAACACCACAACAAGCUCUUACGCCGCCGGACUUCCCACGCGCGAACCAGGGCAUUCUCCUCUCGGAAGCAAACACAGCAGACACCAGCACAGCAGACCGAAGUUAUACCGACAUAUUUAAAGAUGUUCUACACGAUACAAACAGUCCUGCUCUCGCCCUUCAAGCACUAAUAACGCGAGGAACCCAAGCAGCAUACUAUGAUGACCUGAUGCGGGAGGACCCCAUAGCGUCGGCAUUAACCGCGUUUUCGUCCACCGAUUUGAUUCCAGUCCAGUUGGAUGAGUUUGUUGCCGGUGUAUCGAUCAUUGCGACGCAUUUUAUUAUACUUGCGCUUAUUACGGUGUUGUUUGUGGUUUAUACCAGGAAUCCGAUGAUUGGGAAUAGCUGGCAGGCUGUCGCGCAAGUUGUCUCGGAGGAUAUGCUUCCGGUUUUUGAUCAAGCGUUGCCCUUCGAUAUUGGCCGAAUGGGCGCGUAG